AUGUUUGAAGGGACCUACAAUUGCGCGGAGACUCUUAAGCGUAUCGUUGACGCAGUGCUUGUUCUCGUUCCUCAUGUCUAUGUUGAGAUUUCGUUGAGCGGGAUUUCCGUACAAACUAUGGAUAGCGCUCAGAUUUGUUUGAUCCAGGUCGUUCUCCGAAGUGACUCUUUUGUCGGCUUCCGCAUUGACAAUCCCAUGACGCUCGGAGUGAAUUUCGAUUAUCUCAGCAAAAUCCUGAAAUGCGCCAAGGCUUCUGAAGUUGUGUCACUUGCUUGUCCUGGCAUUGAUGGCAAACUCUCAAUUACGCUCAAAGAUGAGGCUACCACAGCUUGCACCGAGUUUGAGUGUCCAUUGAUAUACAUCGAUAGUGAGCAAAUUGCGAUCGAAAAUCAAGAAUUCACCUGUUCCAUCUCGAUGCCUGCUCAAGAAUUUCACCGGAUCUGCAACGACUUUCAGAACAUCGGUGAAAUAAUGACAAUCAAGAUAAGUCCAUCGAAGGUUGAGCUUAGAGCCAAGGGCAUGUACGGGACUGUCAGCAAGACACUAUCGACCUCGGCGCAAUCUUCGGGCAUGCCUCAUUCUAUUGACAUCAGCACAAGCGAAACUAUUGAGCAAAGCUUCAGCCUUAGGUAUCUUUGCAUGUUCAUAAAGGCUACUUGCCUUUCUUCGCGUGUCAAUCUUCAGCUCGGUGAUGGAACUCCACUUAUCGUGACUUACGAAGUUCAGAACGUUGGCUCCAUUAAGUACUUUCUAGCUUCUCAGGUCCGGGUCGUCUUCUAUCUCUUGAAUAUUGUGAGCUGUGAGGUUGAUAUUCCAACGUACGGAUAUCGCCGGAUGUGUGAGCAAUUUGCAGACAUUUCGCAGCGCGUCCGAAUUCAAGUCGACAGCGAUUGUGCACGGUUUAGUGUCGGUGAAGGACGUUGUUAUGUUAGUCUCGUGCCGACGACUUCCAACUGCAAGAUCGUCGUCAAAUGCGAUACUCCGGUUGAUAGCUAUUAUCGCGUAGAACACUUGACGCUCUGCCUCAACGCUGCUGGUUUAUCGGACAGAGUCACUCUCAAGGACAGUUCUGCUUAUAAAUAUAUUUAUUGGGGAAUUGUUGUGAAGUUUUUUCUUUUUUUACAUUUGAUUGCAGAGCUUUUUCAGUUGAGCACUGGGCCUGUGAUGUCGAUUCUCUACCGUAUAAAGCACAUUGGCUACGUUUUCUAUUCUGUUAUGCUAUUUAAUUGCCGAAGGGUUUGUUCAGGCUUGGAAAUGGGCGACUCGUUGAUGUUCGAAUGCACCUUUCUUACGCCAAAAUAUAUCAAGUUGGCAACCGAAGUGAUCGCGGAUUUUAUGCGUGAUGGUAUUUGGGAAGUUACUCAAAAUGGGCUCUCCCUUCAGUGCAAAGAUGAUUCUCGCGUUACUCUCCUGCAGAUAGUAUUUCGACGUGGCGCUUUUUCAUCAUUUCACACAACGAAAGACGGGCUUCUGCUAGGAGUGAAGGUGAAAGGAAUGCACGAAUUCCUUAAAUGUGUUCCGCCUGACCAUAGUAUUCAAUUUUCCUGCGAUGAGCACGACUACGAUAACUUGAUGAUGAAAGGGCAGAAUAAGGAAGGGCGAUCUGUCAAGUGUCUUAUGCAUCUGGUUGAUCUUGAGAUCGAAAAUUUGCUUGUUCCACCGGUUGUUUACAGUUCAACUGUGCGAAUGCCGUCAUUGGAAUUUAAACGCAUCAUCACGAAACUUGUCCUUACUUCUGAUACCGCAGAAAUCUCAUGCGUGCCUGGGUCGGUGACGAUGUUCGCAGUAAAGAAAGACAAAAAAAUGGGUGAUAAAACUUCUAGGGUGAAUAUCGUUGAAGUUUCUGACCCUCUCCGGCCACAAAAUAAUAUCUCUAUCGAUGUAUCAUGCCCUUUCAAGGAUACUUACACUCUCAGAGACGCCAGUCAAACUGCAAACCUCUACAGCUGCUGUGAGUGCAAAGUCAUAAUCUGUGGAGUUUGCAUUGAUGUGAUGUCUGACGAAACCCGUCGCGACAGAGUGAAAUGCCCACAGUGUAAUUAUUUUUUGGCUAAGGGCAGUUUUAUCCAUCUUCCUUGGGUUAACGCUGCUCUUCAGGAUGUUCUCGCCCUCGACGACCAUUGCAGUCUUCAAGAAGCCACCAUUUCAAAGUUGCAGGCGUCGAUUGCCAAUCUGGAAGAGGAAAAGAACGCCGAGCGUGCCGCAAAGUCGCACCAAAAAGCGCCGAAAUUCAAGGAUGAAAAUCAAGAAGACGCUCUUCGAGAAGACAAAGUAACGCCUCAAAAACGAAAAUGGCUGGCUAUAAGCGGAGUUCAGUCAAUCAAGACAAUCUACAAGUCAACGCCUUUCAUACCGAAAAAGACAAACUUAAAGGGUGACAAACACGAUUCUAGCUGA